AUGGUUACGAUAUUAGUUAGGGACAUGGGGAGAAUAGCUGGUCGAACACCACAAGUGGAGUCCGAUACAACUACACCAGAAUCGAGAGAUUUGUUUUCCACUGACAGCUACGCCGGUUUCAGCAUUACUGUCGCGCCUUCAAGUCCCCAGGAUCAUACCACAGUAAUUAUCAUCUCGGAUGGGGAACCUCCUACAACUACCGCCGAGACCUCUACCACAAGGAUCAUCACCAGUCCGAUAUCCCUUUCCCAUGGCUUGAUAUCUAAAGCGAGCACAAUUAUUUCUGUUGAAUCGACCUUGCAGCCGCGAACAACCUCUACACCGCGCUCAUGUCUCGAUAGCCAAGCACCUCCUGAAUGUAGCGCCACUAUAUCCAUCAACGAAUUACUGCACUAUCAAAGCAACACCAAACCAUCAUACUUGACACAAUUAAUUACUGCUGCCUGCUUCCUCUUAUUCUUCUUGGCUGUAGCAGUCUACCUAUUUGUCUGUUUGAAACUACGCAAAAGCCAGAAGCGCCCGGUAUCUCUGCGCUCGAAAGAUGAACACGUAAUAGAUGGGAAGGAGCAUUGUGGCAUAGAACUAACUACGAUUUACAACACACACGAGGCAGAUGGUCAAGCUGUCAUGAGAAGGGAGGAAGUGAUACUCCAAGGGAUGGGGUUGUCCGAAGAAACAGAUCUGUUACCAGGAACACGACGACAGUAA